AUCUGUUAAUCUGUUAAGGCCUUGUCAUUUCUUUAUUGUCUGUUCUUGUGUUUGUUUUUUGUUUCUCUUCCCUUUGUUCAUUAGUUUUCUAAACUAACCAUGGGGACAACUCCAUCUUCCCCCUUGGAUUUAACCCUUGCUCACUGGCAGGACGUGCAAGACACGGCGAACAACAACAGUGUGAAUGUCAGGAAGCGUAAGUGGGUGAGAUUUUGCUCCGCAGAGUGGCCAACUCUUAAUGUUGGCUGGCCGGCGGAGGGCACGUUUGAUCUGGCCAUUAUCCAGAAAGUAGAGGAAAUAGUUUUUAGACCCCGUUCGGGAUACCCGGACCAGAUUCCAUAUGUAGUUACCUGGCGGGGCCUGAUUGAUCGGCUUGAAGGUCCCCUGCCAUGGGUCAAACCUUUCCUCCCUGCUAGGAAAGCCAAACAGACAGGUGACACGCCUGAGGUCCUGCAGGGAGGGACUGAUGAAACUGAACUUUUCCCUCCACCAUACUCCCCUAGGGCACAACCGACGGUGCAGCCGACAGCACCACCACCAGAGCCAGCUUUGGCCCCACAACCCUCACGGGGUCCCGCACAGGCAACGAGAAGCCGCCGAGGGGCGAUCCCUCAACCUGACACCACAGUUGCCCUCCCUUUGAGGCCGUUGGGACCCCCAGAUGAGGACGGGAAUCAGCCCUUCCAUUACUGGCCAUUUGCCACUAGUGAUCUCUAUAAUUGGAAGGCACAGAAUGCCCCUUUCUCUAAAGACCCCCAAGACUUAAUUAACCUUUUAGAGACUGUUCUUUUCACGCACCAGCCCACCUUUGACGAUUGCCAGCAACUCCUGGGCAUCCUCUUCACCAUUGAAGAGAGGGGACGGAUCCUGGAACACGCCCGAAAGCUUGUCCCCGGGCCUACUGGAGACCCCCUGACUGAUCCGGCUGUUAUAACUGCUGCUUUCCCUUCUACCCGCCCCAACUGGGACUAUAACGCGGCGGAAGGUAAGGAGAGUCUCCGAGUUUAUCGCCAGGCUCUGUUGGCGGGUCUCAAAGCAGCGGCACGAAAGCCGACAAAUAUGGCCAAAGUCUAUGAUAUAAGACAGGGAGUGGACGAGAGUCCAGCUGCCUAUUUAGAAAGGUUAAUGACCGCCUUUAAACAAUACACCCCGUAUGAUCCUGAGUCCCCGAUGACAACACAGGCGGUCAUACUAGCCUACAUAAACCAGGCAGCACCAGAUAUUAGAAAAAAGUUGCAGUCAUUAGACAGACUAGGAGAAAGAAACCUCAGGGAGCUAGUAGCGGUGGCGGAAAAGGUAUAUAACAGGAGAGAGACAGAGGAGCAGAAGGAAGAAAGGAAAGAGAAACAAAGACAACAAAGAGAGGAUAGAUGAGAUAUGAGGCAGGAAAGGAAUCUAACUAAACUGUUAGAACAACAGCAGGCACAAUUGGAGAGAGUCCUGUUGGCAACUGAGAAAGGAAUUCUCCGAGGAGCCGGAACGCCCCGACCCAAGCCAAAACCCAAGGUAGGAAGAAACCAAUGUGCGUAUUGCAGGGAAGAAGGACACUGGGUCAGGAAUUGCCCAAAGAAGAAAAAGGUACCGCAUGUCCCAACCCUAGCAACCACUCUGGAAGAAGAAAGUGACUAGGGGGGACGGGGCUCAGCACCCCUCCCUGAGCCCAGGGUAACCUUAAAGGUGGAGGGGAAGCCAAUCCAAUUUAUGGUAGACACAGGAGCUGAGAGUUCGGUCCUCCUGGCCCCUGCCGGACCCCUGUCCUCAAAACGAACCUGGGUACAGGGAGCCACAGGAACUAAGUCGUAUUCAUGGACUACUCAAAGAACUGUGGACUUAGGCAUGGGGAAAGUAACCCAUUCCUUCCUGGUGAUACCAGAAUGCCCAUAUCCCUUGCUUGGGAGAGAUCUCCUGUCUAAAAUGAGAGCUCAAAUUCAUUUCUCAGACGAGGGAGCUUGGCUAACGGACCAAAAAGGGAGGCCGAUACAAGUACUCCUGACAACUGACCUAGUCGAGGAAUACAGGCUCCACCUAGAACCUGGGGCUCCCGGGCAAGAAAUUCAGGCUUGGCUCCAAAAAUUUCCCCUAGCUUGGGCAGAAACUGGGGGAAUGGGACUAGCGAAGCAUAGGCCUCCGGUCUAUGUAGAGAUCAAAUCAGAUGCUGAUCCAGUCAAAGUCCGCCAGUACCCCAUGUCCCUAGAAGCAAAGAAGGGAAUAACACCUCAUAUAAGGAGGCUUCUGAGUUUGGGAGUCCUGCGACCAAUUCAGUCCGCAUGGAACACUCCUUUGUUGCCAGUCAAGAAACCCCACACAGGGGACUACAGGCCAGUCCAGGACUUAAGGGAAGUGAACAAGAGAGUGGUGGAUAUCCACCCCACUGUGCCUAACCCAUAUACCCUGCUGAGCUCACUACCUCCAGACCGGCAGUGGUACUCUGUUCUGGACUUGAAGGAUGCCUUUUUCAGCCUCCCUUUAGCCCCCAAAAGUCAACCGUAUUUUGCCUUUGAGUGGCACGACCCUGAGAUUGGGAUCAGCGGGCAGCUGACAUGGACUAGACUCCCUCAAGGGUUCAAAAAUUCUCCAACCAUAUUUGAUGAGGCUCUUCAUGAAGAUCUGGGUGAGUAUCGCACCCAAAAUCCAGACAUCAGCUUGUUACAAUAUGUAGAUGACUUGUUGAUUGCUGCAGUCGAUAGAGCAGCCUGCCUUAAAGGGACUGAGAACUUGCUGCUGACCCUAGGACGCCUAGGGUACCGAGCCUCGGCCAAAAAGGCCCAAAUUUGUAAGAGGCAGGUCGGGUAUCUGGGGUAUGUCCUUAAGGAGGGUAAAAGGUGGCUGUCGGACGCCAGGAAGGAGACGGUCUUGAAAAUACCCACUCCUACAACACCAAGACAGGUGAGAGAGUUUCUGGGGACAGCGGGAUUCUGCCGCCUCUGGAUUCCUGGAUUUGCUGAACUGGCUAAGCCCCUAUAUGAGGUCACUAGAAACACAACAGAUUUUGUCUGGACAGAGAGGGAACAACGAGCAUUUGAGGGACUGAAACGGAAACUGCUGGAGGCCCCAGCACUUGGCCUACCAGACAUCAACAAACCCUUCCACCUUUAUGUGGAUGAGAGUAGGGGCAUUGCCAAAGGGGUCCUCACCCAGACCUUGGGACCCUGGAAAAGACCGGUGGCAUAUCUGUCAAAAAGGUUGGACCCAGUGGCUGCGGGGUGGCCUCCAUGCCUAAGAAUAAUUGCGGCCGUAGCUCUGCUAGUUAAAGAUGCAGACAAACUGACUCUUGGUCAAAGACUGACUAUUGCAACCCCGCAUGCCCUGGAGGGAAUCCUUAAACAGCCACCAGAUCGAUGGAUCAGUAAUGCAAGGCUCACUCACUACCAGGCCCUCCUUCUUAACCCAGCCAGAUUGACUUAUCAAGUCCCAACAGCUCUGAACCCAGCCACCCUACUGCCUGAUCCAGACCUGGAGGCUCCACUUCACGACUGUGCUGGGAUCCUGGCUCAGGCACACUGCAUACGCCCAGACCUGCGAGAUGUCCCACUACCAGAUGCAGAGGAAAACUGGUUCACGGAUGGGAGCAGCUACAUGCGUGAUGGACAAAGGUAUGCGGGGGCAGCAGUGACUACCAGUGAAACCGUCGUGUGGGCCACUGCAUUGCUGCCAGGGACUUCAGCACAAAAGGCCGAAUUAAUAGCCUUAACAAACGCCCUCCAACUCGGGAAGGACAAGAAGCUGAACAUUUACACUGAUAGCAGGUACGCAUUUGCCACUGCACAUAUCCAUGGGGCUAUAUACUUGGAGAGGGGGCUGUUAACUGCAGAGGGAAAGACUAUUAAAAAUAAACAAGAAAUCCUAGAGCUACUAAAGGCCCUCUGGGCCCCCAAGAAACUAGCAAUCAUGCACUGCCCGGGGCACCAGAAAGGAGAAGGGCCGAUUCAACGAGGAAACAAUUUGGCUGACCAGACAGCCAGGCAGGUGGCCAUGACGGCCACUAUAACUCCUAUGCUUGUGGACCCUGGGGCCCGUGACCUUCCCCCUUUACCCCGGUACACGGAUAAAGAUGAGGCAUGGGCGAGAUCUCUACCCAUGACGCACAUGGUAGAGGGAUGGUGGCGGACAGCUGACAAUAAGAUCAUUCUGCCUCAAGAACUGGGACGAACAAUGCUCCGAAAAAUACAUCGGGCAUCCCACCUGGGAAUCAGGAAAAUGCAAGAUCUCCUCAGACACUCUGCAGUGAAAAUUAAAGAGGGAAACCAGAUUAUAGAGGACAUUGUGGCUAGUUGUCAUGCUUGCCGCCUGACUAACACCAACCCACACCCUGCAAACCCAGGGAGUCGCCUCCGGGGCACCCGGCCAGGUACGUACUGGGAAGUGGACUUCACUGAAAUCAAGACAGGAAAGUUUGGCUAUAAAUAUCUAUUAGUUUUUAUAGACACAUUCUCAGGAUGGACUGAAGCGUACCCCACUAAAUAUGAAACUGCAAAUGUGGUGGCUAAGAAGAUACUGGAAGAAAUUCUGCCCAGGUUUGGCUUUCCAGUUAUGAUAGGAUCAGAUAAUGGUCCAGCCUUCAUUUCCCAGGUAAGUCAGGGAGUAGCCACCGCAUUGGGGACAGAUUGGAAAUUACACUGUGCUUAUAGACCCCAAAGCUCAGGGCAAGCAGAAAGGAUGAACAGGACACUAAAAGAGACCCUAACUAAAUUGGCCUUGGAGACUGGCGGUGACUGGGUGACCCUUCUUCCCUUUGCCCUUUUUCGGGUUCGGAAUUCCCCUUACCAACUGGGAUUAACACCCUUUGAAAUCAUGUAUGGGUACCCACCUCCCAUUAUACCUAGUCUUCACACUGAUUUAGUGGCACAGUUGGAGGACCAGGACCUCCUGGAUGCACUUCGCGGACUCCGCCAGGCCCAUAAAGAAAUAUGGCCCAAGCUCCAGGCUAUUUACCAGGCCGCUUCUCCUCCUACUCCCCACAGGUUCAGACCGGGAGACUGGGUCCUGAUCCAAAGGCACCAGCGCAAGUCACUGGAGCCCAGGUGGAAAGGACCUUACAUGGUGAUCCUGACCACCCCGACAGCUCUGAAGGUGGACGGAGUCGCAGCCUGGGUCCAUUACUCACACGCGCGAUUCGUUGACCCCUUCGCGCUUCCUGAGGAGUACCAAGGCGAGGCGUGGGAAGCUACUCAACAUCCCUCUAAUCCACUGAGGCUCAAGUUACGCCGUGCCAGGAAAAAUGAUCAGCCUCUACCUGACUCUCCUACUUCUGCCUGGUGCCACCACGGAGAUCAGCCAACCUGAUAAUCCCCAUACACCUUGGAACCAAACCUGGAUCAUCAUCUCUGGAGGGUCCAACCCUAACAGGAUAAUUAGCAGAAUCUCGUCUGUGGCCCCACGAGACACCUGGUUCCCCGAUCUAUAUGCAGACCUUUGCGAUCUAGGGGGGCGGAUGUGGGGACCUUCUGGAAACGAACCUGACAUUCUCCCAAACGGCAAGGAGCUCUCAGCAUUCGCUGUAGGAUGUGACACACCUGGAGGACGCGCCAAAGCAAGGCAACUGCAAUUUUAUGUUUGUCCUGGCCACUCUAUGACCAAAGAACGGCGUCAGAAAUGCGGAGGAGAAAACUACGCUUUCUGUGGCAGUUGGGGAUGUGAGUCAACUGGAUCAAUAAGCUGGGACCCCCCGACAAAAGGAGACUUUAUCAC